AUGGAAGAGCUCAUUGUUACUUUUCAGAAUAAGAAAGAUCCUGCCCUGAUUACCCCGCCUAUGCAGGUUCCCAAAGGCAUUACUCUUAAAGAAAUGGAAGAACUUCUCAAUCGGCUGUUCAGCCAUGAUAAGACUUAUGCCUUUUUCUAUAAUGGCACUCAGAUCAAUGAGAUGCCAGAAGCCGCGGCCGAAACAACUCUGAAUAUUGAAUUUUUAGCCGUAUCUAAGAUAUCAAGUGAAAGUGCUAAAAUUGAUAUGGACAGUCCCAUUACUUGUAUUUCGAUAAGACGCAAUCCUGAAGUGCAUACGGAUAGUGUAGUAAUCUGUACUGUUCGUGGUGAGACAAAGGAGUUCUCACUAGGCCCUGGACUAGAUGUUUUAAAGGACUUUGAUUCGUUCAAGCCCAUUCGAGUGGUGACGUCAACUGAGACCGGUUUAUUUGUAUUGACAACCACUAAUAAAGUAGUGGAUGUGGAAAAGGCCGAAAUCGUCUUUGAACAAGAAGAUCCCAUUCGUACUAUUACUGGCUGCCACGCUCUCCUAGCUAUUGGCCUGGCUUCAGAUGAAGUAGUAAUUCUGGAAGAGGGCAAGGAAAUCAAAAGAAUCAAAACCAAUGGCGAGAUUGGCAAACUUAUUCUGCGCGAAGUGGAUGACAAGUACGUUUUGAUCGCUGGAAUUGUCACGGGUACUAUUGAAGUUUACUCGGGAUCUGAUUGGAACAAAACUGUUAUUGAAACCACCCGGCCAAUCACAGCCAUGGGCUAUGAAGACGGGAAGAUUUAUGUAGGCGGUCUAGGUGGCUCCAUUACUAUCUGCUCGCUUACUAAGGUUGAAAAGGAGUACCAAUCCGAUGCCGAGUUUAUUUCUAGAAUUGAAGCCGGCACUAUCUUCUUUGUUUAUACGAACAAGAACCAAAUACAUGUGCGUGAUAAGGAUAACUUCACCGGAACUCACUUGAUAGAACUUUCCGCCGAUAUAGCUGAUGUCAAAGUCUCUGGCAAAAGACUCUUCGUCGCCGAUGGCACUUCUCUCAAACUAUUCAAUAUCUUUGAUGAGUAA